AUGAUCACUUUGUUAAUCACCUUUUGUUUGUUCCAAAGUCUCCAAGCCCAAGACAAUUGCAAGACGCGAAUAUCCGACAACCACUGUGUUGAGUGUAACGAUGGCUAUUACCUUAAACUUGUCGACAAUAUUGAAACGGGAAUACCUUCUUUGGUUUGUGAGUUAGCAACCACAGACACCAAUUGCGAGGCCAACGAUGGUGGUGCGUGCAUUCGUUGUAAAGUUCGGUACUACCUUCAAGGCAAUCAGUGCGUCAGAUGUGGCCCUGGGUGUAACUAUUGUAACAGUGAGUAUUGUUACCAGUGCGGAAACACCUUAGAUGACACAACAAUUGAUGCGUCUUUAAGAAACGACACUCAGCUCUAUCUUUCCACUGAUGAAAAGACGUGUAUCGACUGUAACAUCGCAUCAAACAAUGAACAAUGUGGCAGAUGUCAGGCAGGGACAUACUUCAACAUCACUUUAAAAAGUUGUCAGAAGUGUUUCACAAACUGCCAGUUGUGUACCGAGGAGUACAAUUGCUACCAGUGCACCAACGGAAAGUUGUUACAAAAGCAAGGAACUCCAACAAUAGAAACGCCCGACAAGUGCAUAGAGAUACAGCACUGCACCACUGAAGGACUUAAAGAGGACCACUGCGAGUUGUGUGAGACUGGGUAUCGACUUGAAGCUGGUAAUUGUGUACCAUGUGAUAAUAACUGCGAUGUGUGUUAUAAGAACUCGGAAGGAAAGAAUUAUUGCAGUAUUUGUUCCGAUGGAUUUGUGAUGAACAAUGGGCAGUGUGUAGAGAAGGGGGAAUUACACUGCAAAGAGGGAAGUACAACGUAUGGGUGCUUAGAAUGCGAAUCACACUAUUUCUUCGACACAACCUUGGUUUGUCGAAUUUGUGAUGAAUCUUGUGGGAAUUGUGUGAGUGAAAGUACACACUGUUUGUCGUGUAAAGAAGACUUUUAUUUCGAAAAUGGAACAACCAACUGUAUUAAGAAAGAUCCACACUGCAAUUUGGUUGAUCAAGCCGGAUGCAAAGAGUGUAUUAACGAUUUGAGCACUGCGGAAGGACAAAACACAACGGGAUAUUUUGUACCGCCAAACUCGCAAACUUGUCAACCAUGCACAAAUCACUGUAAACUGUGUGAAGGGAAGGAUUAUCACUGUUCUGCAUGUACUUCUGAUUACGUCUUAAAUAAAACGACAGAGAAGGCUGAAGAUGGUGUAACUGAUGUUGAGUACUAUGAGUGCACCCCAAUGGGCGAGACUUGUGUGAAAACUGAAAUGGGGUAUUGCACAGAGUGUAAGAAUGGGUUCUUCAUUCGUGGUGGAGAUUCCCAGGAAUGUAUCCAAUGCGAUAAAUCGUGUGGAACAUGUAAAGUGAGCACAUCCUGUUUGUCGUGUAAUUCGGAAUACUACCUCUCAAAAGCCGAACAAUCGCAAGAAAAUGUGGAACAUAUCUGCCGACCACAAACUGAAAUCAACAUGACUUGCGACGCUGGUGUCAACGGGUGUGAAACGUGUAAAGAUGGGUAUUAUAUCAACCGAGAUGAUCCUUCACAAUACAAUUGCACUGUUUGUCCUGAAGAGUGUUCGACUUGUACGUUCAAGCAGACUGACAGUAACGAUCUCACAGUUGGGUACCCUGUAUGUACCGGGUGUCGAACUGAACAAGAAUAUGUGAAUGACGGGAAAUGCAAGGCGUGCAGCGAAUUAAAGAAUUGUGCUGCGUGCAGUGGUGAGAAAUGUGUUACAUGUGUUGAGGGGUAUAAUAUUGAUGCUGGAGGAAUUUCAUGCUCGAAGACAAACUGGGCGUUGAUCAUCCCACUUGUUGUUGUUGGUGUUAUUAUCAUUGUGCUGAUAUUCAUUGCAAUCAUCGCAAUAAUUUGGUGGCGACGCGCAAAGAGUGUCAAAGCCGAGACAGCAGCAAUCAAGCCGUUCCACGUCGGCAGUGACUUGGAACUUCUUCUUCUUGGUGCAGACAAUGAAAAGUUCCCGUUGAAGACUGACAAAUGGGAAUUGACAUUUGGGUUGCAGAAAGCAAAGGCUGUUGUUGACACGGAAUACACGGAAACGAUCAACCUUGCUAACAUGUCGAAGAGUCAAUACUACUUUGAGUUCCACUACACACCAAGUCAUAAGUAUGACCUUGAAAUAGAACCAAAGAGCGCAACACUGAAGCCAUCGACAGCUAUUCCAGUCACGUUCAAGAUUAAGAUGUUGUGCACGACAUCAGUGAGUGACAACAUCGGCAUUUCUGCAAUGGACAUUGAUGACCAAAAC